UGUCACUUCAUAAUGGACAGCCUAAAUUAGACCACAACAAGCAAUGAAAGCGGUUGUUUUAUUUCCCUUCCUAUUUGUAUUAAUGAAAGUUUACUUAUGUUGGGACGUAAUGCAGAUCGGGGGCAAACAAGCGCACUUUGACCGUUUUGACGGCAUGUGCCGCGGCUACAAAAACAUCAAAAUUCUGUUCAAUUAUUACGGCUGGCAAAACAUCGGUAAUAAACUCUACAUGAAUUCGACAAUCACCGUGAAAGAGGACAUAACUUCCCCGCCAACGUUGACCCUCAACAUAAAGCGAUGCCGCUCGAAGGAAAACCUCGACACUUGCGAGGACUUCUACUCGUUCACUUCCAAGCAAUACUGCAAGUUGAUUCAGUCCGACUCCGAGCUGUGGAACCCGUUUUUCGCCACUAUCGAGCCGAAAUGGCGCUGUCCCAUCAAAAAAGGUGUCUACAAAUCGAUCAAUAGCAGUUUCGACGUGACUGCAAUCCUGUUGUUUCCAGUCGAUGGCUGGUUUUGGAGGGUCAGGGGUGACAUGUUCGACGGCCAAACGGGCAAAAGGAUUAUGUGCGUGAUCGUCGAAGCCAAAGUUAUGUUUAAAAGUUCGGCCUAAGGCCGGUUUCUGAAUAAACUCGACGAGGAGGUCAUAUGAAAGCAA